GCCUUCCUUGUUCUCCUACCCUCAAGCCUGGACAGAAUUGCCGAGGUCCUUGGCAUAGAGUGGUCCUCACCCGUAGCAGAGCUGAAUCCCGGCUUCUUCCGGGUGGGCGCCAGCCGGAGGACCUGAGGACCGCGGUUGAUUGGGGGCGGAGCUUGGCGAGCUCAGGAGGCCGGUAAUUAAAAGAAAGUCACAAAGAGGGCGGGGCCGGCUCCGGUCCUCUGGGUGAAAAGUCCCCUGGUGUGGCAGCUUGGCCCUACAGCUUGAGGAUCUUCUCCAGGGACUCAGUCAUUUAAAGAUUGAGACCAAGAUCGCAGGAAUGGCUGACCUCAAGCAACUCAUGGACAAUGAGGUGUUGAUGGCCUUUGCCUCCUACGCAACCAUUAUUCUUACCAAGAUGAUGUUCAUGAGCUCUGCAACUGCAUUCCAGAGGCUAACCAACAAGGUCUUUGCCAACCCAGAAGACUGCGCUAGCUUUGGCAAGGGGGAGAAUGCCAAGAAGUUUCUUCGGACUGACGACAAGGUAGAGCGAGUGCGAAGAGCCCACCUGAACGAUCUUGAAAACAUUGUGCCCUUUCUUGGUAUCGGCCUUCUGUAUUCCCUGAGUGGUCCAGAUCUCUCUACAGCCCUCAUGCACUUCAGAAUCUUUGUCGGUGCUCGGAUCUACCACACAAUUGCCUACUUGACUCCCCUUCCUCAGCCAAACAGGGGCUUGGCAUUUUUCGUUGGCUAUGGAGUUACUUUUUCAAUGGCUUACAGGCUGCUAAAGAGUAGACUGUACCUGUAAAGAGAAUUGUAAUCCUCAUCAUCUGAUUGCAAUCCUCAUCAUCUGAUUGGCUUUUUUUUUUUU